AGGUUGAGAACCCGGUUGGGGCAGCAGGCCGUUGUGCGGCCUGCGUUGGAUCAUAAUUUAAUUUGGGAAACUUUCGUGAAACGGGGAAACAGACAGAAAAAUAGGGCUGACUUGACUUUAGAGAAACUUGUGUUCUUCUAAAAAUUGGCCAGGGAGAAUGUACUCUGAUGUUUUGGUCAUUCGAGGGAGAAGGAGCUCUGCUCUCUUUUGGUGACACCGCAAAACUACAUUUCAUCCGUUAUAAAGCUAGCUAGCAAAGGUCUGUCUAUUCAACUUUUUCCGGUCAACUACAAGAGGCAAAUUAAGCAAACUUCUUUAUACCAGGGCUUAUCAAGAGAGAGUUGUCUUUCUUGAAACCAAAUGGAUAGAGGCAACUGUUCUUCAUUCGACAUAGAAAACCCCUGUUAUAGCUUGGCAAAGUCAAUGAAGACGGAGUUGGAAAGCUUGUCCCGUCUGUCCUCUGAAUGUAGUAUCUAUAGAGUUCCUGAGCGACUACGUCGUGCCAAAGAAAAAGACUAUACGCCUCAGGUAGUCUCCAUUGGCCCGCUUCACCAUGGCAGGGAAAGCUUAAAAGCCAUGGAAGAACACAAAAUGAGGUACCUGAAAGAUUUUAUAGAACGUUCCCAGGAAAGCUUGGAGUUCUAUAUUAAAGUUGUCGAAGAAGAGGAAGUAAGACUGCGUAGUUGUUAUGCAGAAACCAUUCCGUUUAGAUGUGAUGAAUUUGUUAAAAUCAUUGUAGUGGACACUGCCUUCAUAAUUGAGGUCUUACUGAGGUCCUAUUUCCCAGAACUGCAAGAUAGAGAUGACCGCAUAUUUUAUAAACAAAGAAUGAUACAGGAUGUAUGGUCUGACAUGCAAUUGCUUGAAAAUCAGCUUCCUUUCUUUAUUCUUGCGGAUCUGUUUAAACUAAGCAAAGUAACAAUCCCGUACCAGCUUGGGAAGAGACCUUCCAUCGUUGAGCUUUCAUAUAAUUUCUUCAAAGAGCGAAUGCUUUUGGCGGUGACAAAAGACAAUUUGAUGAAAUUCAAUUCUGAUAAAUUUGAACAUUUUGUCGAUCUUCUGAGAAAGUUAUAUCUACCUUCGCAGGCAAGAAAAGAAAGGAAACUUCAAACACUAACGAUGCCCUGCAUGACAGAGCUACAGCAGGCUGGAGUCAGGUUUGAGGUGGGAUCAAGCAGCAAUGUAUUUGACAUAGAGUUCGUAAAAGGGAUUCUGAAGAUCCCAAAGCUUAUUAUAUGUGGCGAAACAGAACUCUCCAUCCGAAAUAUGGUUGCCUUUGAGCAAUGCCAUUGUGAUAAGAAUUACAUCAAUGAUUAUGUUGUCAUCAUGGAUCGCCUCGUGAACACUCAUAAGGAUGUGGAUUUGCUGGUCGAGUAUGGAAUUGUUGAGAAUAGGCUAGGUGACAGCAAUGAAGCGGCAAUUCUUAUUAACAAACUUGCUGAUGGGGUGGUUGUGGAAUUUGAGGAAUUCUACUUUGCUGGUCUUUCUGAAGAUCUGAACACUUACUACAGAAGACCCUGGCACAGGUGGAAGGCAAAUUUGAAACAAAAUUAUUUCAACACGCCAUGGGCCAUAAUUUCUGUUAUUGCAGGUUUCAUUCUCAUUAUACUCACUUUGAUUCAAUCGGUGUGUUCUGUUAUCUCCGUUGUUUUUGAUAAGCAGAAAUGAAAUGUGACUAUUUCAUCACUCCCUGGCUGUUGUUUCUAUAAUUGUUGCAGUUAAAACUUCUUGGUGAAUUUGUAUCUAUGCUGGUUCCAUGUACCAGUUUUCUUCUGCAACGAUUUGAUAAGAUAUUACUAUUGUUUUUGAUGCA